ACAGAGGGGCACUUCUCAACGGUCUACCAACCCCAUUCAUUCCUCAGCUGAGGGAGAACAAAUUAGAGGUUUUCCGAUAAUUGAUCUGUGAUUAUGGUGCCAUCAACCGAGCGUUUGAGCUUACCGGUCUCGGAUCCUUCUCCUCAGCAAAGAGGCGGCGCUGGUGAACAGAGGCUUUUCAAAGGAUCCGCCAUGACCACUCGCGGUGCUUACGCUGCCGUUUCUUACAUGUCUUGCGCUGUGUUGCUGGUAUUGUUCAACAAAGCAGCUCUUUCAUCCUAUAGUUUUCCAUCUGCAAAUGUCAUCACACUAUUUCAGAUGAUAUGCUCAUGCUCGUUUCUUUACGUUUUACGCUGUUGGAAACUUAUCUCUUUUAGUUCGGGUGAUAUAUCGCCUCUCACUGAUAACUCAGCGAGGUUCGUGUCAUUGCAGACAGUGAUUCACACUUCACCGCUUGCUCUGACGUAUUUGCUUUACAUGCUAGCUACUAUGGAGUCCGUACGAGGAGUAAAUGUACCCAUGUACACCACGCUUAGGAGGACGACAGUGGUAUUUACAAUGUUUGUGGAGUUUAUCUUGGUGGGUCAGAAGUAUACCCGUUCUGUAAUCGGAAGUGUAGCCUUGAUUGUAUUUGGUGCUUUCGUUGCUGGAUCUCGGGACUUGUCGUUUGACGCUUAUGGCUAUGCUGUUGUGUUCUUAUCAAAUAUCACUACAGCAAUAUAUCUUGCAACAAUAUCCCGUGUUGGAAAAUCAAGUGGACUCAAUAGCUUUGGCCUCAUGUGGUGCAAUGGAAUUUUAUGUGGACCAGUCCUGCUAUUUUGGACUUUCAUACGGGGUGACCUACGGAUGACUAUGGACUUCCCAUAUCUGUUUGCUCCAGGAUUUCUGAUUGUAUUGCUUCUGUCCUGUGUGCUUGCAUUUUUCUUGAACUACUCUAUCUUCCUCAACACAACUCUCAAUUCAGCGGUCACACAGACAAUCUGUGGUAAUCUAAAGGAUCUUUUUACCAUCACAUUAGGCUGGAUGUUCUUCGGCGGGCUUCCAUUCGAUCUUUUAAAUGUUAUCGGGCAACUUCUUGGAUUCGUUGGAUCAGGUUUCUAUGCCUACUUCAAACUUUUUGGGAAGUGAUUUCUUGAAAAUCCUAGCGGGCCAAAUCAUCUCGAUAACUUACUCCCUUGCUGCCUUCAAAAGGGAGUGGAGUAAAAAUAUACAUCAUCUCAAAAAGUUUGGGCAAGUUUUGUGCAUGAUAUAUGGUGUUUUGAGUUGAGGAUAACUUUUAGGAUUAACGAGGGACUGGAGAUCUGGAAAUUAUUUUUUUGAACUGUAAAUUGGUGAUUCGAUGAACAUACCCUCGGAAUCGUAAUAUGGCUAACAUCUUUUUCGAUGAA